AUGGACUCUUACUACCGCGAGUCGGCCCGUUCUCCGAGUGACCGCUGGAAUAGUCGCGACGAGGCCAGGGUCAAAGACGAGAGGGGAGACAAUUUCUACCGCAGCGGCCGAUCUCCCGGCACCGACCGAAGCCGACGCCGGUCCAGAUCCCCUGCUCCCGUUGAUCGAUACGAGCCAAGGGGCCGCGGCCGCGACGAAUAUGCGGGCACUCGCGACCGUGACGACCGCAACCGCCGCUCUCCGCACCCCAACAUUGACCGCUACGUACCCGGCCAAGAUUCUAGCCUUCCUCAGUCGGCCUUGAACAAUCCUCUCCCUGAUCCGCUUAAGUUGUCCUAUCAGGUGGGAUUCUCCUGGUUCGGGGAGUGGUGGCGGACAAAUGAAAGGAUCAGGGAGGAGAAAGAGCGCGCCAAGAAUGGCGGCCGACGCCGCGAGCCUGAGCGGCCCCGAGGCCCUCGUGAGGCUCAGGAAGAGCGGGAGAAAGAGAAGGUUAAGAUUCAGGCUGCCUACGACAAGUACAAGGAGGAUCUCCAAGCCAAGAUGGCCCAAACAUUUGUCAAGCAACACAAAGAGGAGCAGUGGUUCAAGGAACGUUACGUGCCCGAAGUUCGCGACCCUUUCCGCGAGCAACUGAACGAGCAACGUAACAGCGCGUAUGCUCGCUGGGAGCAAGACCUUUUGUCUGGCCUCUUCGACGAUUUGUCUCUGGAGGGUAUUCUGAAAAGCGAGAGUAACGGAGCCGGUGGCGUGGUUGAGAAAGAAGAGGGGGAAGCCACCACAAACGAGGUCCUCGGCGUUGGUGAUCUGGUCCCUACACAGCCGGCGGAAGUCAGGGAUGAGACCCUGGACCAACCUACCCUGCUGAUCAAGACCAUCGCACCGUCUGUCAGCCGCCAGAAUCUAGAGGCGUUCUGUAAGGAACAUUUGGGUGAGGGCGAGGGUGGAUUCAAAAGGCUGUCGCUGAGCGACCCAAAUCCGAGCAAACGCUACCACAGGAUCGGUUGGAUUAUGCUCCAUCCGGCCCCUGAAGGCGCCAUCCCGGAAGAAACUGAGAACCAGGAUGAAGAGGAUGGCGAGGCCAAACCCGCUCCUGCAUCCACGGCAGAGAAGGCUCUUGAGGCCAUCAAUGGCAAGACGGUGAAGGACGAGCUGCGCGGUGAUUUCACUUGCCACGUCGGCGUUCAUAAUCCCCCUUCUCAUCCUAGGAAGAAGGCACUCUGGGAUCUUUUCUCUGCACCGGACCGCAUUCGCAAGGACCUUCAACUGGCUACCGAACUUGUAACCAAGUUUGAAAGUGAUCUCGGGUCUGAUCUCAACGCAGCUCGCUUGAUCGAAGAGCAUGCCGAGCGGCUGCGUGACGAGGGGAAGCUGCAGCCCGCGGUCUCAGCACCUCCUGUCAAGAAGCCAAAGAGGGAGCGUCAGCCGGUCGUCGCUCUGGAUGAAUCCAUGGAUAUUGAGCGUGAAGAGGGCGAAGAGCCCUCGGAAGACGGCGAGGAUGGCGAAGAUGACGAAGAGGAAGGGAUGGUGGAUGAUGAGGUUGACGAUAUGGAUCUCCUUAUUGAGAAGAAGAGGCUCGAUCUGACCAUUGAGUACCUCCGCCGCGUCUUCAACUUCUGUUUGUUCUGCGUUUUUGAGAGCGACUCGAUCCAUGAGUUGACCCGCAAGUGCCCGGGUGGCCAUCUCAGGCGCCCUCGGAGCUCUUUGUCUUCGGCUGCCAAAGCUGUGGCCGAGGCCAGCGCGAACGGGGACCCUUUUCCGUCCAAGAAACGCAAGGAAGAAGAGGUCGAAGAAGGCGAGGCACCCGAGGAGGACCGCAAGUUCCGCGCUUCGUCCAAGGCGGAGCAGCAGCUUCAACGGGCUUACAACUGGGUCAAGACGUUUGAGGAUAAAAUAAAUCAGAUCUUACACCCCGAGACGGCCGACUUGCGGAAGCUUGGCGGCAAACCAGUCGAGGAUGCAGUCAGCGACGAACUGGGCAAGUACGUCAAGCAAGAAGACGAGCACAAGUGGCGUUGCAAGGUGCCCGAAUGCACCAAGCUUUUCAAGGAGGAAUACUUUUGGCGCAAGCACGUUGAAAAACGCCACGCUGAGUGGCUAGAGAAGCUCAAGGAAGAGUUUGAGCUGAUCAACGCCUACGUUAUUGACCCAGCGCACAUUGCACCUUCGCGCACCGACGCCAACUCCAACGGCCACUUCCCGCAGUCCAACGGUCAACAGCCGACGGGCACGCCACGUGGCUUCAACCUCCAGAACUACGCCAUGAACAGCAUGAUCAACUUCCCGGGCUUCCCCAUGGCCAUGUUCCCACCGGGCAUGAUGAACAACGGCAACGGUGGCGGCCCCAACCCCAUGGCGCACGCGGCCGGUUGGCACGCGGCUGCUGCUGCUGCUGCAGGUGACGAGCGUGGUGGUGGUGCAGGCCCGGUCCGUCGCGGCCCGGGUAUGUCAGGCGGUCCUGGAGGCGGCGGCGGUGGUGGUGGUGGCCGAUACCAGAACCGGUCGGGCCCGUAUGACCGUCGCGGGAACAACCCGCGCUAUGGCGGUGAUGGUGGUGCUGGUGCGAUGGGUGGCGGGCGUGGACGCGCUGGCCCGGCGAAUCGAUGGGGCGAUGGAGCGGGUGGUGCUGCGGUUGGCCCGCGUGAGGCGGUCCAGGGCCGUACGCUGAAGAGCUACGAGGACCUGGAUCAGGUUUCGGGUGGGGGUGGUGGUGAGUUGAACUACUAA